UUCUAUUUUAAAUAAUCAACAAUUAAUUCCCAUCAAUUAAUUAACUAUUAUUGGGGAAAAAAAUUACUUAAUAAUAAGGUAAAUUAAUUGAUUGUAAAACUUAUCAUGUGUAUAAUUGAAUCAAAUUAAACUGAUAACAAUUUAUAUACAUUAUAUUGUUUACCUUAAAGUGCUUACAAUAUGAAAUAACAUUUUUGUAUCAAAUUGGAUAAUAAAAUGCUGACAAUAAAUGAAAAAAAAAUUACAUUAACAGUAAAUGAUUAAUUGGUGAUUAACUUUAAUUGUAAUGCUUAAUUUUUUGUAACUGUCCCUUAAUUUAGGACCCACAAUUUAUUUCAUCCAUUGUACCACCUCCUUGUUUAUCAUCCUCAUCUUCCCAUUGAAAUGAUGAUGAUGGGAACCUUUUCAUUUACUAAACAAGAGUCAAUGGUUAAUAUUAAUUCACCAUCAACACAUCGUAAUAGUUAACAAUCAACUUUUCUCAUUUAGAUGAGCAAUUUAAAUACAUAUAUGUAUCUACAUACAUAAAUCUUUCCAUCAGUUAAUCAAUGAAUGUCUCUGAAUAAUCAUCAUGUCAGUUUCAAAAGUGUUCAAAUAUAAAUCAUUCUCCAUCCGAAGUUUAUUAUAUGAUGAAAUCGAUGACAGUGAUCAGGAAUCAUCAUCAUUACCAAUCAGUGAAUCUAAUCACAGUGAAACUGGACUACAAAUCGACUCGACAACAUCCUCGACAUCCGAUAAUUUGAACAGUGAUGACCAUGAAAACACCGAUAACGAUAAACUCAACAAUAAACCUGAGCACAGUUACAAUGAUCUGAUUGUUAUGGCCAUUGAAAGUAGCCCUCAGAAACGGUUGACCCUUUCGGGGAUUUACAAUUUCAUACGAGAUAAUUAUCCAUAUUAUCGUACUAAUAAACAGGGCUGGCAGAAUUCAAUACGACACAAUUUAUCGUUGAAUAAGUGUUUCAUUAAAGUGCCAAGAAGUUAUGAUGAUCCCGGAAAAGGAAACUAUUGGAUGCUGGAUCCAAUAGGAGUUAAUUCAACCAGUCAAAUUUUGCCUGAAGAAAAUUGUCAAGAAAAUUGUGAAAAAUUGACGAGAAAAAAUAUUCCAUCUCCAUCUCGGAUUAGAUUAUCUCAUUCAUUGAAGAAAACUUCAAUUCCAUUUAAUCAUCACAUUAAUCAUCAUCUUCAUCCUCAUCCCUAUUCUAAUCAAUAUCGAUCACCAAAUACUUACCUUUUCUUAUCCUCGUACCUUAAUCUUAAUCCCUUCAGCUCAUUCAUUUUAAACAGUCUCUCAGUUGGUAAUACGAAAAGCAACAAUUAACAAUCUGAUAAUUGUGCUCAUUUACAAUUAACUUUUAUUUAUAUUUAUAUUAUACGAAACAUUAACCAUUUUGAUAAUGAAACUUUUAUACCUUGAGAAUACUAAUCAUCAAGAUGAUUCUGAUUCUUAUUCCGAAUGAUUUUUUUCAGAAAAAAAUGAGAAAUCGAAACUUUUUGAAAGAAAAAUAAAGUUUUUUUUCCCAACAUAAACUUUUGAUUUGUAAAAAUUUUCCUUUCAUAUUAACAUGAAUUAACUAAUUGUUGAGC